UGACGCACCAAAAUAGUUUGUGCUCCAUGUGAAUAACAAAAUACGUCGUUUCGCUGAUGCUAUCACAAAAUAUCUAACAGCCCUUUAUGUCUAUGGAGUCUUUUGCCUUGUAUGACUGCCUCUAGUUUAUGAUUGUUAUGACAUCUUUCCAACAGGCUUGCCUUCGAAUAUUAUAAUCUUUUGUGGAUGUUCGAGUUGACAGAAAGCUACAAGCAUUCAAGAAAGCUCGACGAAAGCGAACUCUAGAAUAACUGGCCUGUCCGAUGGCACAGUGGAGAUGAAAGGAUAUGCGUAAUAGCAUGGGCGUCGAAGCGUUAAUCAAUUCGCCCGAGAAAGGUGAACGUACCCGUUAAGGUAGGUGAGCUCUUUAGAAACAAUGGAACGAAUUUUUUUGCUUUUUCAACCGUCACUGCGUCACUGAACAACACCUGUCCAAAAACAGAUGCAGUUCUUUCUCGAGAAAAGAACCGAAUCUAAAAAACGUCUGCUUUGGAUAAGAUCAAAACAUUUAAUCCUUGUAAUGUAAAAACUAAACGAAGUUGUUGAGCAGACUCAUCUGACGUUCUAUCAAGUGGCCACUAUUAAACUGUGGUUGUCGAAGACCCACCGAUCCAGAGAUUCACUUUCAAUUGGCCAAAUGAAGCGUAGGCAACCGAAGUCAUCUGUUUUUUUUUUCUGAACGGUUAAAUACCUGAUCCAUCUAGCGAAAUGUAAUCAGUCGAAAGAGAGUUGUCGAACAGUACAGAACUGAUUCCUAUCGAUUUUCGAUUGUGCUGUUCGUGGCGAUGAUAAAAAUCUGCAUUUUCGUAUUUUUCGUGGGAAUGACGUAUAGUCAAACAGAUUUGGCAACACCUUCCACUUCAAAUACCAACUCAUACAUAGAGGAACGUAGGGGUGGUUAUGGAGGAGAUUACAGCAGUGGAGGAUACGGAAACGGAGGAUACGGCGGAGGACAUGGGCAUGGCUCCAUUUCGCUGGACGCUGUCUCAGUUUUGGGACUUUUGUCGUUGGGAGCGGUUUUAUUGCGAAGCAUUCUUACUUUGCUAACAUCGAGUGCCCGCAGUUUGGACGUAACGGACAUCAAUUUACCAUUGAUGCUUUCCGAUAUUCCGGAAGCUAUUGUUAAAUGGCAUGGAAUGACGAGCACCCACGUCGUCCACGAAAGGAGUAUGGACGAUCAAGACGAUGAAGAUAAUCCAGUAGCUUCUAUUCGUCAGUAUCUGAACAUGUUGACGACAGAAAAAGCUUGUCUACCGCAUUUCCUUUGUAGAUUUUGGAAAAUCAAGUCAAUGGAGGAAGACAGUUUCCUUGACCUCGUUAUGUUGGCCACUGCUGUCUGGAAUGGUCACACGAAAAGUGCUGCUAUCUACGACCACAUAAAGAAACCAGAUUCUUUGACAGCCGAACAAUAUUGCAUUCAAGCUCGUUCUGAAUGCCCAGCAGGACAUCUGUUUCGCUGAGUGCUCACCAAAGAUGGGAUAACAAUUGUAAGGACUUACACAAUCCUCCCUGCAAUCGUUCACAAUUGUCAACGAUCUAUUGAUUAGUUUAGUUGAGACAUUGGCUUUGAAUCACUAGUAACUUGAUGGGUCUUUUAUCGUAUAGUUUGUUACGGUUUUUAAUUGGGAUAUAAUACAUACGACGUU